UGGCUAACUUCGCUCGGCGGUCUCUUCUCGCGGUAACGUUAGUGUACUGUUAGCUUGCUAGCUAACCCCAUCGUUUCCAGGUUUCGUGUCGACCUGAAAAAAACGCAAACGAAGAGAGACACCGAAAGAAUACGGAGCUGAAUACUUUUUAAAUCCAGGCUGCAAAGAGGAGCGGGACAAUGCCACACAACUUCCAGCCUGGAGACCUGGUUUUCGCUAAAAUGAAGGGGUACCCCCACUGGCCAGCCAGGAUCGAAGAUGUGGCCGAUGGGGCAGUGAAACCACCUCCUAAUAAAAUCCCAAUUUUUUUCUUUGGGACACAUGAAACUGCAUUCCUUGCGCCAAAGGACCUUUUUGCCUAUGAAAAAUACAGUGAACGCUAUGGUAAGCCCAACAAAAGGAAGGGAUUCAAUGAAGGUUUAUGGGAGAUCCAGAACAAUCCACAUGCCUCCUACAGUGCUCCACCUGCACCAGCCAGCUCAUCAGACAGCGAGGGCAACAAUGCUGGAGGAGGAGGAGGAGGAGGAGGAGGCGGUGUUGGAGGAGGAAGUGAAGAGGACGAUGAUGAUGAGGAAGAAGCCCCAGUGCCUCAGAAAGCAGACUCGGGAAGUGAGGUUGACUCAGAUUCUGGGAGUGACGACCAAGGACGAGGAGGAGGAGUGAAGCGAAAGCCACCACCUGCUAAGCGGCCUCCGCCUCCAAAGAAGGCCCGGGGUUCAUCCAGCGACCGAGAUGGAGGAGAGGAGAGCGGAUCCCCCUCUGAAUCAGAACCCACACCAUCAGAAUCUGACUCUGGCAAGAAUAGUGACCAGGAUUUUACUCCAGAAAAGAAAGCCGGUGGCCGAGGUGGAAAGAAAGCAGGAGGCAGAGGGAAGAAAAAGAAGGCGUCAUCUGACUCGGACUCAGACUCAGGAUCGGGGUCAGAGAAGAAAGUAGCGGUCAGCGACUCAGAAGACGAGAAGCCUCGGCCAGCUCUGUCAGGCUCUGAAUCCCAGUCCGGCUCAAAGUCUGAUUCAGACUCCGAUCCGCCUCCUCGGAAGGGCCCACAGCCACGCAAGAAAGAAAAGCCUGCACCAAAGCCUCGUGCACGCAAACCCAAACCCAAACCCAAACCCAAACCCACCCCGGCAAAACGAGCACCUUCAUCAUCCUCUGACAGCGACAGUGACAGUGAACCCGACACCAUCAGUGACUGGAAAAAACGAGAUGAGGAGCGCAGAAAAGAGCUGGAAGACCGUCGGAAAAAGGAAGAGGCAGAGGAAAUCCGCAGGUUACGUGAGAGAGAGAAGGAGGAGGAGGAGAAAAAGAAAAAGGACAAAGAUAAGGGUAAAAAAGGGAGUGACAGUGACAGCAGCAGUAGCUCUGAUGAAGGUGUAGAUGAUCAUCCACUGAAGAAGUCCAAGAAACCUCCUCCACCCCCGAUCCCUGCACCCUCAGACUCAGAUUCUCCGCCACCGUCUGAGGUGAAAAAACAUUCCAAGAAGGCUGACAGCCAGAAGAAGGCAAGAAUAAAGAAAGAGAAGGAGAGAAAAGAAAGAAAGGAGAAAGAGCUCAAAGAGAAGAAAGCCAGACGAUCAGAAGAGAAGUCCAGAGCGAGGUCUAAGCCUGAAAAGCCCAAACGCAAACCAGAGAGGCCACCAGAGAAGAAAGUGGAAAAGAAAAAGGAGCCAUCGCCAGAAGAAAAGCUACAGAAACUCCACACAGAUAUAAAGUUUGCACUCAAAGUGGACAACCCAGACAUAGAGCGGUGUCUACAAGCCCUGGCAGAACUUGAGGCCGUGCCUGUCACCAGCCAGAUCCUACAUAAGAAUGCUGAAGUCAUUGCCACACUGAAAAAGAUUCGGCGGUAUAAAGCCAGCUCUGCAGUCAUGGAAAAAGCUAGUGAGGUCUACAACAAGUUAAAACUUCGCUUUGUGGGCAAAGCGGAGGUGGCAGCUAAACCUAAAACGGAGAACAAGGAAGCAGAAGAUAAUGAGACACAAAACGCAGACUCCACUCCAGUCAAUGGGGACUCAGAACAGAAAACAGAUGACAUGGACGUUGAAGAAAAACCAAAAUCACCUGCCGAGGAGGAGAAUAAUGAUGAUGCUGCUUCAAGCCCAAACAGACCGGAUCCUGACAGCCCAGCUGAGCAACACACUCACUCAAACGAAGAAGCAGACAACUCCAUCUCUGCAGAGACGGAACCACCUGCUGUAGAAAGCUGAAAGACCUUUAACUACCACUGUAGUGGACCAAGUGCUAAAGAUGGUGGCCUCUUUGUUUGUCAUCAUACAGUGCUCCUGGCACAACAACGUUGCAGAACACACCCAGCACUUCCUACAGUUAUCUGUUACGUUAAUGUUGAUGUUUUGGACAUUUUGUACUAUGACAUGAAAUCGAACCAGAAGGCCCUGUCGCUCAAACUGUUUGGUCCAUUAUUUAUCACAGCAAAACGGAAAGCUUAUUAGUGUGAUAGCUUGUGGCGCCGCGCGGCCCCCCUUUUGUUCUCUGAAAUGUACUUUUCCUUUUAUACGACACUCGGCCCGUCCUGGAUCCUCACCCUGUACCCCUGCUCAUGGCUACUUUGUUCUUUCUACCACGUGAACUCUCACUUUUGGUCUUUCGUACCUUAUAUAUAUUGAAUGAUUUUUAGCACCUCUAACCAGAGUUUAGGCUGGGUUAGUUUGAGAUGUAACUGUGAUGAUUCUCGUGGGGAAAUGGAGCCAUGAUAUUAGAUUUUUGCCAGUUUUGUGCAACCCUUGCCUGCAUCUGUUGGCUUAAUUUUUUACAAAGCCUACAAACCAUCACGAAGGCCUCUUGUCCGUGUGUAUGGCAUUGUGAGAGUGGUAAAGUACUAUUUGUGAGUCUUUUAUGUUCAGUAUGUUUUUUUAAUUAUCCAGUCUGAAAUGUAAAGCCAUUAAUUCAGUCACUUAAAACUGUUUUCCAACUGAGGUCCACUGACUUUUUUAUAGCCUUGUUUGCAAAUAUUUGCAUCUACAGUUUUGUCUAAAACAAUAGUCGCACUCUUGUCUCCCCUGUAGUGUGCUUUCAGUAACUUGCAUAAUAAAUGGAUUAACUGUACAGAUUGAAAACUGCCCUUAAAAGCUAUUGAGAUCUCAUGUAGCUGCAGCCUCUGUUGCCAUUCUUCUGUCAUAUGAAUACAACCGGUGUUUUUAGUGCUAUGUAAAUUGGUAAAGCAUUUCUAUCACUAAGUUGAGACUUGAAUAAAAAUCUCAGCAUGG